CCUCCUGGACUUUGUUUGAGCUGCACUGAUCAAUGUUUAUUGUGGAAGAGGACGGGUCAAAGUCAACGAUGAAGAGAAAAGUACAUAUUUGGGUCUGCUGCUGGAAGUCCACAACAGACCACUUCGGACUGGAGAUGAAGCUGUCGGUUCUCCUGCUGCUGGCAUUACCGGCUCUGACCUCGGCCUUUCAUACUGUGCUUGUAUCGGAGCUGGACCUCAGGGACGUAGUUCCAGAAAUACCACAUCGGUUAAUUCAUCGAGCUUAUCCUAUAACUUCAACAAUCUCCAGAGCCAUGGGCGAGUUGCCGUCUGCCAAAUUUGAGAGAACCAACCUGGAGUGGCAACAGUGGACGGGGUCGGUCCCCAACGGGGCCGUGUACAUCUACAACGGCUACAUGAGUCGCUAUGACUACGUGUGCAAGCACAAGUGCGCUUCAGGCUAUUACAACAUCGAACAAGGUGACUACUGUGUCUUCCCCUACGGUGGUAAAGCUCUCAAAUCAUCUGAAUUUUCAUUGCUGGUCAACAAAGAAGAAUUUGAGAUUCUGGAGUGGAAAGAGGGCGCCUAUGGUUCAGUGGCCUGGAAUGGGGUCAAGACAUGUCAGGACGAGGACAUAUACGUGGGUAAGAAUGAGUACGGUCUGGGGAAAGUGCAAGUCAGUCAUCGAGUCUUUUACUUACCCUACAAUGGAUGGGAGUACAACUACGAAAAACCGUACCAGUUCUUGGUCAUCCACGAGGAUGUAAAAAACGAGCAUUUGAUGGACGUAAAGUACAACACUGAUGGUGUCCCAGUGGUGGAGCAUCCCCCUGAGACACUGAAGAGCGAUACCAUACAGAACUCUGCUUGCGAUGAAGCCACGCUCUCAGACACCCUGACCAAGAGCACCAAGGUGGAGCACAAAUGGGAAAACAACUACAGCCUCUCAUUCGCCGGCAGCACCAGCAUCACCACCAAGAUCCCCUUCAUCACCUCUGCAGGCAUUCAGUUUAACAUGGAGGUCAACCUGAUGUUCACCUCAGGGACCACCUACAGCGAGACCACCUCACACAGCAUCAAGGUGCAGGCCCCCAUCCCUGCCGGCCAUUCGUGCAUUAUCGAAAUGGUGGCCAAAAAGUACGGGGCGGACAUCCCGUAUACUGCGCAACUCAGACGCACUUACAACAACGGUGAGAAUAAAUGGACCACAAUCACUGGGACCUACAAGAGCAUCCAGAUUACAGAAGUCCAAGCUGUGGUUAGCCGUUGUGAACCUCUACCUAAUGUCAAGCCUUGUUAAGCACAACACUUUGAUGGCAAAUAAAAAAAUACAUAUUUUACAAAGC